UGCCCUUCUCGGUUCUCUGAUUCAGUGUCAACAAUGGAGGAGGAGAAAGCAGCAGCGUACUACGACGAGCUCACUCGCAAAGGCGAAGGCGCCGCCAGGUUCAAGCAAGGCCUCGGAUUCUCUUCUUCUUCCUCCACAACCAACGACGGCGUUCCGGCGAGAGGCUCCGCUCUUCCUACUUCAUCGUCUUCCUUUCUCAGCACAUUCGUCAGAGCUUCGAGCCCCUCCAAGGCCACAGAGAUCCAGAAACAAGCUCAACUCGAAACCAUCCAAAAUAAGCUCAAGAAGAAAUCUGAAUCUUCCCAUAAUCAUUCUUCUUCUAGGGUUUCGAUUGACCGUAACAGAGACAGAGAUAGGCAUUCGAGGCAGCGAAGUCGGAGUAGAAGCAGGGAUAGAGAUAGAGAUAGGCAUUCGAGGCGGCGAAGUCGGAGUAGGAGCAGAGGUGAUCGGGGGUCAAGGCAUCGGCAUCGCUCGUUGAGUAGGGAUAGGUAUAGAGAUAGAAAUAAAGACAGAGAUAAAGAGAGGAGGAGAAAGAGGAGCCGGUCACGGAGUGUUUCGGAUGAAGAGAGAGGGAGGAGAAGUGGUAGAGGACGGAGUAGGAGUGUAUCCCCUCAGGAUCGGAGAUCGGAGAAGAGCAGAGGAGAUCGGGGCAAGGUUGGGAAGGAGAGGAAUGGUGGGAGUGGGACUGAUUAUGGGAAAUUGAUAGAAGGCUAUGACAAAAUGACACCAGCUGAAAGAGUUAAAGCCAAGAUGAAACUUCAGCUUUCUGAAACUGCUGAAAAGGAUGAAACAAAGAGCAUGGGCUCAGGAUGGGAACGAUUUGAGUUCAACAAGGAUGCACCUCUUGAUGAUGAGGAAAUUGAAGCUGCCGAGGAUGAUGCAGGCUUAGUCAAGCACAUAGGUCAAAGCUUUCGGUUUUCUGCUGUGACGGUGAGGAGAGAAGAAGAAAUCAAGGCUGCUCAUGACAAGGCCAUGUUUGGAACUUCUGCACGUCCACUAUCCGUUGACACUGACGAGAACGUAGAAGAGGAUAACGACCAAAAAGAGAACACUGGAAGUGCUCCAGUUACAAGUCUUAUAAGUGAGCAGGUACUCACAAUGCAACAAGGCUCUUGGCGUGAGCGUGCUCGGAAAGUUUGAAUGGAUCUACAGUUUGACAGGGCAUUUGGAGCUCGUAACUACAGCGACUUAUUUUUUUCUUCGUGAUGCUACGUGCUUGGCAUUUCUAGUCUAGUCAUCUGCGAUGGAUAAUCCAACAGUGUACAUACAGGAGAAGCCUCAAGUUGGAACCAAUCGAUACAGAACCAGGAAAGUUUCUUUUCAAAUUUGGUCUCUUCUCGUGCCAUUCUCGUGAAACUAGGGUUUUGGUGAGCUAAUUGAUGCUAAUGAGUGGAAUCGCUCCUAAAUGUUUUCGAGGUAUAUAUCUGCUGAACGGAGAUGUAGGAGCAGCAGAUUCUGUAAAGCUAGUUCUUUUGCUUCAUAAUUUGGUGACCUCGUCUUUCUUGUAUUAAUUCUGAAAUUACUAUUAACCACGUGAUAUUAGUGAGGUGUUAUUGACGUUGAGAGUUGGAGAAAAUUCCAAUCAAAGUUAGAUCUGACCCUCUUUAAUGUGGUUUUGAACAAAAUGCCUAAGAACUAUGCAACUGUUAGUGCUAUGCCCAACAUAACGAUAGAAUUUUCUAUUUUGGGGGGCAUAGCUGAGAGGUUCAGGUUCUGGAGGCGAUGAAGUGAUUUUGUACCGUUUGAUUAAUUUUUAGUUGAUGUGAAU